AAACGAACAGUGUGGCCAAGUGACUAAAUGUGCGUCGAAGGCAGUAGCAGUGCUAUUUCAACAAAAUAAGUUGAAGCAUUUGCGUUGCAAUAUACAUAAAGCAAUAGCAGCGACAGCAACAACAACAGCAGCGACAAUUGCAAUUUGAGUGAGUGCAUUAGUAACGGGAAAAUAAGAGAAUAAGUGCCGAUAUGGCUGAUCCCGAGAGACAAAGCUUGAUCACCAAAGACGAACCGACCUCGACUUCGUAUACAUCGUUCCCAACCGAAGGCAGCGAAAAUCCCGGCAGCAGCGCUGUAGCCAAUAACGAAGAUGGCAGCACCGAGCAGUCGGUGCCUUUUAUUGGUCCUGAUGAGCUGCCACCGCCGUAUCAGAGCAGCGGCACAGGUGGCGUACCAAUGGUCACCUGUCGCGUGUGUCAAAAUAUGAUUGACAUAACCACAAAACGGGAGCAACAUGUGGUCAAGUGCACCCACUGCAAUGAGGCAACUCCCAUAAGGAACGCACCACCCGGCAAGAAGUAUGUGCGCUGUCCUUGCAAUUGUUUGUUAAUCUGCAAGAGCUCAUCGCAACGCAUCGCUUGCCCUCGUCCCAAUUGCAAGCGCAUCAUCAAUCUCGCUCCCAGUCCAGUGACACCACCAGUGCCCACCAUGCCGGGCAUGUGCCGCGUCACCUGUGGUCACUGCUCGGACACGUUUUUGUUUAACACCUAUCACAACGCCCUGGCUCGCUGUCCUCACUGCAGGAAGGUCUCUUCGGUGGGCUCGCGAUUUGCCAAUAGUCGCGGAAUUCUGUUUGCUAUCGUCGCAUUGCUCUUCCUCGUUGGCAGCAUUGGUCUAACCGUUGGCACAAUCUCAUACGCAUCGGAACACGGCGGCAUGUAUAUUCUUUACAUUGCAUUGUUCUUCAUUGCGGCAAGCAUGUUGGCGCGUUCCGUUUACUAUUUCCGACUAAAGGUUAGCGCGAUCGAUGGUCCCAUGUUAGAUUCGCGACGCGUCGGCUAAAGCGAAAGUGCAUUGUUUUAUUUUUAUAAAUAUAUAUAUAUAUAUCACACACAUAUAUAUUAUGCAUAUAUAUCAUUCCUUUUGAUAUUAAACAAGAAUGAAUCCCUUACAACGUAAUGCAACCGAAACUUGAACACGAACAGCAACAACAAGGGCAACGCAAUUCUAACACAUUUUCAUAUGCAGAUCCGCCAAGCUCCUAAUCAAAAACAAAAACAUAACAAAAUCAUAUAUAUAUAUAUAUAUUUAAAUGUAAAAGCAAAAACAAAAACAUGUAGUUUUGUCGCGCAUCUUACAAGAGUUAUUCGUGUUGAAUUAAUAUUAAACUUAGCUAAAUCGUCAGCAAAGUAACUCCACAAUUAAUUAAGACUUUAAACCGGGCGCGUAAAACCUAAAAUGAAAACUUAAAUUUAGAUGGAAAAACUACAACAUUACAUAAGUGCAGAAACAAAGCAGAUGCUUAAAACGAAUACACAU